AUGGCAGACACAAUGCAGCAAAACCAGAGUGAAAUCACUAAAUUUAUUCUUCUCGGAUUUGGAGAGCUCCAUGAUAUGCAAAUAUUAUUGUCCCUGUUCUUCUUGUCAAUCUACAUUUUGACGAUGACUGCCAACAUUCUCACUGUUCUUCUGAUAGUGAUUGAUCAUCGCCUUCACACACCCAUGUACUUCUUCCUGGGAAACCUGUCUUGCUUAGAGACCUUCUACUGCUCAACCACACUACCCAAGAUGUUGGCCAGUCUCUUGACAGGGGAGAAAACCAUCUCUUUCAUAGGAUGCAUCACACAGCUGUAUUUCGUUGGUUUCUUGGGUAGUACAGAAUGCUAUCUUCUCUCUGCAAUGUCUUAUGAUCGUUUCUUAGCAAUAUGCAAACCCCUACAUUAUACAACUCUUAUGAAUGGUAAGCUCUGUGUACAGUUAGCAGCUGGCUCUUGGAUCAAUGGAAUGAUAUUGACCUUGGUAUAUUUGGUAUUGGUGCUUCAACUUCAGUACUGUGGGCCUAAUGAAAUUGAUCAUUUUUUUUGUGAGUCUCUCUCAUUGGUUCAAAUCUCAUGCAGCUAUGCCAGCCUGGUAAAAUAUGCCAGUGUAAUCUUGGCUAUAGUGUUCACUUUCCCCCCUUUUCUUCUGACCCUGAUUUCCUAUGUAUACAUUAUUGCUGCCAUCUUAAGAAUCCCUUCCACCACCGGGCGGCAAAAAGCCUUUUCCACCUGCUCUUCUCACCUGAUAGUUGUUUCUAUUUUCUAUGGAGCCAUAAUUAUUGUGUAUAUGACACCCAAAAUUGAAAUAGUGAUAGACCUAAACAAAAUAUUUUCUCUGUUAUACACAGUCCUUCCCCCUUUAGUGAACCCUCUAAUAUAUAGCCUGAGAAACAAGGAUGUCAAGGAAUCCUUAAGGAAGGCUGCUGGGAAGCUUCUAGGUUCUAAUUUGUGA